GGGAAUGUUAAGGGAGAAGGUGGGGUGUCCAGUUCUAAGCCCAUUCAGCUUUUGCAGGCCUCAAAGUGGUGGCGAUUUUGUCCAUUCAGUUGCCUUAUCGACGGCCAUCGGAUCGGUCUGGUCUGCACUUAACUUUGACAACUUUACUUGACUUGGUGACUAGUCCUUCGACAACAUGACAGGCGCAUCCUGGUCGAUGAUAUCUUCUGUGGUGGCAAUACUCAUCACUGCCACAAUGCUGGGGUCCGUGGAAGCUGCUGACAAGGAGGGCUUUCCCGUGGCCAUAAUCCAUAUUAACGACCUGCACGCCAGGUUCGAGGCCACGGACUCCAGCGGUGGCACCUGUGACGACGGCGAGACCUGCAUCGGUGGCUAUCCGCGCACCGUCACCACCGUCCGGCGGCUGCUGCAGGAGCAAGCAGAACUGAAUCCUAUCUAUAUCAAUGCGGGGGAUAGCUUCCAGGGCACACUCUGGUACAACAUCGGUCGCUGGAAUGUCACCCAGCAGCUGCUGAAUCUUCUGCCUGCCGACGCCAUGACUUUGGGCAAUCACGAGUUCGAUCAUGGCGUUGAGGGCGUUGUGCCCUUCCUGGAGACCGUCAAUACCAGCAUGCUGGUGGCCAACAUGGACUGCGCCCACGAGCCAACAAUGGAGGGCAAGUACAACAAGUCGAAGAUCAUUGAGCGUAGCGGCCGCAAGAUUGGUUUGAUUGGCGUUAUCCUGGAGACGACAUAUGAUCUGGCCAAUACUGGCAAGCUUAUCUUCCGAAACGAGAGCGACACCAUCCGCGAGGAGGCACAGCUGCUAAAGGCCCAGGGUGCCAACAUCAUCAUUGUGAUCUCGCACUGCGGCUAUGACGUGGACAAGGUGAUUGCGGCCAAUGCCGGUGACUGGAUCGACGUCAUUGUGGGCUCCCAUUCGCACACGCUGCUGUAUACUGGAACGCCGCCAAGCGGAAGCACUCCGGCUGGUCCUUAUCCCACUGAGGUGGUCCACAGCUCUGGCCAUCGUGUUCUCAUCGUCCAGGCCUCAGCCUAUGCACGCUACGUGGGCAAUCUUGUUGUUUAUUUUGAUGACAAUGGCGAUGUGCUGGACUUCGAGGGCAGUCCACUGUACAUGGACCAGACAGUGCCUGAAGAUGAGGAAAUCCUCGAGGCCAUGCUGCCCUGGAAGGAGGUGAUUGACGAGACGGGCAAGGUGGUGGUGGGUCACUCCAAAGUGGACCUCACCAAGGACGACUGUGCCGCCGGAGAGUGCAACCUGGGAAACUUCUUCUGCGACGCCAUGGUGCACUCGUUCGUGGGAAUGGCGCCAUAUGAAGAGAAGGCCUGGACAAAUGUAUCCGCCGGACUGAUGAAUAUCGGGGGGCUCCGCGUGCCGCUCACCAGAGGCAAUCUCACCUAUGCUCACAUAGUCAGUAUGUCGCCGUUUGAGAACACUUUGGUGGCCUACAAUUUGCCGGGAAGCAAGCUGGUGGAGGCCAUGGAGUUUGCCGUAAGCAAAGUGGACCUGGAGAACGGUGUGACGGGCUCGUACAUAAACCUGCAAUUCUCGGGCAUCCGGGUGAAGUAUGACUACACAAAGCCGAUAGGAUCUCGGGUCAUAUCGGUAUCGGUGCGCUGUGCUGAUUGUCAGGUGCCCAAGUACGAGCCACUGGUAAUGGACAAGCUCUAUCGGCUCACCUCGCCCAACUUCCUGCAGGCGGGCGGCGAUGGUUACACCAUGCUGGCCGAGGGCACAGACCUCCAGUGGGGUGUCAGCGAUCUGGAUGCCUUGAUCUCGUACAGCAACCACUUUGAUCCCAUCUACCAGAGUCUCGAGGGACGCAUCACCGUGCUGAAUUGAUCAGUGAAUAAAAUAUUUAUGUAGCAUUUGUCCAAGUAAACCAGACUUUUCUGUAAAUUUA